UAACUGCCCUUUCUAUCCAGUAGGAUGUGUAUCUACUAUUCCUCAAUGCACAACGGACCAACAUCGUCUCGAGAAUCUGCAGUCGCACUUAAUUUGCAUCUUAAAACUUAUUCACAAGGAAGCAUCUUUUGAGGCUUUGAAAAAAAGGACUGAACAGUUGUUGGAGGCAUCAUCACCUGGACGGCUGGCAACUGCUCGUGAUGCAAGAUCACUAACUGUUGCGAUCAAGAGUAUUGAUGCAAAGCUUGGACCCUUAGAAGUUGAGGAAGAUGCAGAGGGCAAUGAGUUGAACGACGAAAAAGAGGACAACACUGAUCUAUCUACCAAGAAAGAUUGUUCAAUGGACUUGUCUCAUAAUGAAGAGCGGUCUUCUGACAUAUCGAAGAGUCAGAAUGAUUCCACAGCUUCAGACAACAAAAUAGUGUCACCUGACAAACCAGAGAAUGUUGUGGAACCGACAGUUAAAACGGAUUCAUCAACUAAUGAACACUGUGAGAAUGCAGUUAAAAAUAGGAGCCCGGGACCUCUAACAGAAAAUAAGGUCUCGAAAUCACCUGAAAAAAGUGAAGUCUCUCUGAGCACAUCCAAAGAACAUCAGGAUUUCACAACUUCAGCGCACAAAUUGGAGUCAUCCAAAAGUGAAGAGACUCCCAAAUCGCCCGAGAAGCAUCAGGUCUUAACAGCUUCUGAAGACAAAAAAGAGUGAUUCGCCAAAACUAAGGACUUCGCGGAACAAAUGAAUCUCAGGCAGUGAUAAACAAUAAAUUGGCACCUGGCUAAGGAAGAUUUAAGAGAAGCAUUGUUUUGGAAAAGGAAAAGAGCCAAAAAAGUCACAUAUUAAAAGUGAAUACAUGUGUAGCCACUGAAUAUUCGUACGAUAGCCUUAUGACUUUGUCAUCUUUUAGGCCUUUUUAAGUGUUAUUUAUUGACAGAUAUAAACAUUUUCUUGUAUAAAUAGUUGAUAACUAGCAAGUUUUCGCUUGCUUGUAAUUUAGACAGAUUUAUGUUUUUCAUUGA